GAGACAUAACUGCAGAAAGCACGCUGAAAAUUCUUAGUCGUAGUAUUGAUCUGGAUUUGAUCCGUUGCUGUCGAUUUACACUUUUGACUUUGAUUCUCUUGAGCAUCGAAGUGAGCUUUCAUCAUGGACAUACCAAUCCUACCAGCUUUGAACAGAGAUGGUGAGCGUCCCAUUGACUACAAGGCUAUAAUGAAGAAGAAAGUUUGUGAUGAUAUCGAUCAGUUCUUCACCAAGGCUGAACUGAGCAGCUUGUCAGAUUAUGAAAAGUUGCGAUUACGAAACAUGAGGAAAAACUAUGAGAUGAUGGCUGAAUUAGGAGGUCCUGGGGUCCAAUUGGGUGUGAUUUUGAUGAACAAUCUGAAACCGAUCUGUGAAAACAGAAGGUUUACUAGUCAUCAAACCCUGACUUCAUGCGAGGACCCAAAGGCAAGAAGGGUAAAGAAAGUUGUUGAGGACUCUGAUAGUGAUGAGGAAUGGAUACCAGCAUCACAGAGGAAAAGUAGCCGAACUGUCCAGCCAGUAGCUACAUUCAGGUAUCCUGUCAAAGAGGAGCCAAAAAAGAGAAAAGUAAAGCAGCUGUUAAACCAACAGCUACUGAGACUGUCAGCUCCCUACCCCCUUCGACCGAGACCUGACUUGAACUACAUGAGGAUGGAAGGCCCUGAUGAUGAUCAUUUUCUUUACUGUGAAGAAUGCAACAAGGAGUAUGAAGGAGAUUGUCCUGUUCAUGGACCACUACUAGUCAUCUUUAGACACUCAGGACCUUACUGUCACUGGGCGACCUAUGUCAGCGGUAAAGCCUAUUACAAUAUAUUAUUCUGGGGUGAUAUAUGCAUAAUAUCUUGUGUUCUUGCUUCUGUAUGCAGGUGUUAUCUCCAAGUAAGAAGGGUGAACGAGCUGAAAAAGACACUUCCACCAGGUCUAGAGAUUAAAUCCUCAAUCCCAGAUGCUGGCCUCGGAGUGUUUGCCACCACUGACUUCCCAGCACGCACAAGGUUUAGUCCGUAUGAGGGAGACAUAAUUAAAGAUGCUGAUGUGGCACACAACUCUGGAUACUGCUGGCAGGUCUGUGUAGAUGGUCGUGGUUCUCACUUUGUGGAUGCUGCCAAUAUGGAGACUGCCAACUGGAUGAGGUUCGUGAACUGUGCUCGGACAGAGGAUGAACAGAAUGUUACAGCAUAUCAGUUCGAGGGAAACAUAUAUUACCGAUCAUACAAGCCAAUCUUACCAGGUCAUGAGCUGUUGGUUUGGUAUGGACACAAUUAUGCACAAGACCUGGGGAUAAGAAGAGAAGUGAAAGUGCAUCAUUCAGCAAUUCCAGAUAUCUAUCCAUGUGAUAGCUGUUACCUGAGUUUCAACUCCAUUGGCUACCUGUGGAAACACAUGAAGAACAAACAUGAGGGCCGAGUCACUGAUCAGAUCCGUUCCAUGGCCAAGUUAUAAUGGAUACAGUGUCAGAGAUUUCACUUUCAAGUUGGGCUCUGGAUUCAUCUUUGUGCCACUCUCUACCGCAGAAGGAGAAGUCAGAAAAGCUGCAUGGAAAUGUGUAAAACGGAACCAUCAAUUGAUUUAAAGAUCCCACAAAAUACUUAUAGAAACAUAGAAGCUAGUAGAAAUCAUGUUAAAUCAGUGAAAGUGGUAUGUCUCAAAUGUGGAAGAACAUUUAAACAUUCAGAGUCUUUAGUGAGACACAAAUGUGUGAUACGAGAGAGACCUUACAAGUGUAGUGAGUGUGGGAAGGGGUUUACAGUAGCAGGUAACCUGCAGACACACAUGAGAUGUCACACUGGAGAGAGACCUUACAAGUGUAGUGAGUGUGGGAAGGGGUUUACAGUAGCAUGUAGCCUGCAGAAACACAUGAGAUGUCACACUGGAGAGAGACCUUACAAGUGUAGUGAGUGUGGGAAGGGGUUUACAGUAGCAGGUCACCUUCAGAGACACAUAAGAUGUCACAGAGAGAGACCUUACAAGUGCAGUGAGUGUGGGAAGGGGUUUACACAAGCAGGUAACCUGCAGAAACACAUGAGAUGUCACACUGGAGAGAGACCUUACAAGUGUAGUGAGUGUGGGAAGGGGUUUACAGUAGCAGGUAACCUGCAGAGACACAUGAGAUGUCACACUGGAGAGAGACCUUACAAGUGUAGUGAGUGUGGGAAGGGGUUUACAUAUAGGCAUUCCCUAAAGAGUCACAUACAAUGUCACAAUUGACGAACAUUAUUUAAUUGGGGUCGUGCAAUAUAUGAAUUAGUGUAUGGAAUUUUUAGUUUACUAAUGCUACUUGAAUGUGUUUAAAUCUAUAUUUACACUGCAUGAAAUAUAUAUACUCAAUUCAUUGCAAGAAUUAUUAUUUUGUACAGUCUUUUAAAAUAUGCCAUUUUAAUUGUGACUAAAAUUUUCAAGCAUUUAUAAUAUAAUGCUCUUAUGAAAUAUUGUUAAUAUUGUAAAUAUAUGUCAAGUUAGAGAAAUAAAUACUAUAUACAUGCAA